GUUGUUUGAAAGAGGAAGGGGCGUGGCCAGCACUUGUAAACAGUCCGUUAAACCAGCUGCUGCUUCGAAACACGAGCUAACUAUUAACGGAAACGCCAACAGCCGCUUUGUGUCGUUACAAACAGCCAAGCAGCUUUAAAUUGAGCGUUUCUUAAGGCGAGUUCAGUCAUCACCAGGAAAAAGUCUGGACACUGACCUCGUGUUGUUUGAUCACCUGCAGCGAUGGGACAGCUCCUCUCAGCUGCAGAGCUGCAGAAACCCGAUCACUGACAGGAGCCGCCUCCUAAAAACAGGCACUCAAGUCCUGCAAUGAUUCCAGUUUGUGCUGAGUGGAGGACUUUCUAAGAAUGGACAGCAGGACGGGAGAGCUGAGAAAUAAGACUUAUGUUUAUCUGUGGACUAACAGGCAGUUUCAGCAGGAGCAGGUAGAAUGGGAUGACGUGAACAAACUUCUGCAGCAUCAUGGUUUCAAGCCGGUGUUCUUUGCAGAUCCUGUAGAGAAUAAGAACCUCUCAGAUUUGGUUCUGCUGGACAAGAAGUCAGCCGGCGAGAUCAGGACGACUCUGAAGACGAUGCUCACGGACUCAGACAGAAGACAGGCCCUCAUCCAGGAGCUCAUCAAGACUAACAACCAACUCAAAGAGGAGGCUCAUGAGCACAUGAGUCGAGCGGCUCAGCACUCUCAGAGGGUCACAGAGCUGGAGGGGCUGCUGGACGUGGUAAAGACCAGAGUCCAGGACCUGGAAGACCGCUACCUCGGCAAGGCUGUCCAACAGCACAGCCACACGCAACAACUGCAGCAGGAAAAACAAGAAGCACAGAAAGUGUGUCAGGUUCUGGAGCAGAAGCUGUCCAAACAGAGAGAGGAAGCAGCUCAGCUUCAGAGGAAACUUUAUUUCACCAUCAAAGAAGAAGAGCGACGAUUGGCUCGACAGAGUCAGACCUUCCAGCACGUCUGCAGCAAAGUGAGCCAGCAGGACUCACCCACACAGCAGCAGCUGUUGGAUGUGAUCGACUUCUAUGAGACUAAGAUGACUCAGCUGUUGGAUCAGCUCAGAUCUGUCAAAGGAGAACCAAAAGGAUCUCAGAUGAACCAUCAGACAAGAAUCAAGAAGACAUCCAGCAAUGUUACUCCAUCUUUCAAAACCAUUCUCAGGGCGUACCAGGACCAGCAGAAGGAAAGCAAGCAUCAGAUAGAAGAACUGAAGGGCGAGGUCGAGCAGCUGAAGCAAGAGCUGGAGACGAGGCCUACACUCAAAGAAGUGAAGUUCUACAAACACAAACUCCGCCGUUUGGAAGCGUUGAACAAACAUAAUAACACGAGGUUGCCUAAAGAAGACAUCACGACUGAGAUCAGCGAGAACAUACCUGACCACGCUAGGGAAGCCACUCUGUGUGCCCACUAUCAUAAUCUGUUGAAUGAGGUCAGUGCUGUCGUGUCCAAUCCUAAAGCUCCGUUUCGCCUGCACAGACAGAAAUCCUCCUCUGUUGGUUUGUCAGAGUUUCAGACCCUCCUCCCCACACUGGAGGUCUGGGCCCAGCAGUUCCACCUACUGAAGGAUCUGCAAAAGGGUUUAAAUAAACUCACUGCCAGAUUGAUGCCCUGGCAGCCAUCUGAUGGUGUCCAUAAUGCUGCAGAAGCUGUAAAGGUGGAAGACAUGAUGUUGCUAGUGGACACCUUGCUGGAAAACACCUCAACUGACAAUGAGAAGGCGCUCAGGAGUCCCACCCGAUACACUCUGGGCUCCAUGGUGUCUCACUUCCAGACGCUGUUUGACGUGACCUCCCUUGCCGGAGUUUACCCACGUAUGAACGAGGUCUACACCAGACUGGGAGAGAUGACCAACACCAUGAGAAACCUCCGAGAGGUUCUGGAUCUAGACAGAAGAGUUCCUCCUGCUGAGGUGGUGAACCAGGUGGCCAAACUGGUUUCCUCCAGUGAACACAAUGCUGGUUUCCAUAAUCUGCUGGGAGAUGCUGACAUUGACAGUAUCAUCAUCAAAGUGAAGCAGCAUGAUGAGUUCUUCCCUGCUUUCCAUGCUCUCAUUACAGACAUUCUACAGACUCUAGGAGUGAGUCACCUGAACGACAUCCUUCCAGCUCUGGAGUCUUUGAAACGAGCAGCACAGUGACAUGUUGCUUUGUCUGAAAGGAGCUCUAUG